AUGCCCAACACCAACAAAGAUAUCAGAAUAAAGAGACAAAAUGGAAAUGGUAUUGCCCGCGAUCGUGAUAAUGUGCCGAAUGAUGUAAUUUUAAAGGUCCUUGAAAAUGAAAAAGAAGCAGUAAAUAAAGUCAAAGAUUCUUUAGGAAAACUUGGACAAACUUUUUAA